CGUUUAUCUCCUAUCGGUAUUACAGGAUUUUUAAAAUCUUAUUGAAUUAUUAUGCACCUGUUGCGAAAGAACACGUAACCUUCGGUAGUGAGAGGCUCACCGCGCAUGCGCGAAUGGUAACGUGUUUCGGUAUUUGUUGGUGAGUUUGAUGUUUUCAUCUGUUGUAUGGUUUUUCUUAAAUUAAAUGAUCAAUUUUCGUUUCCAUAAAGAUGUAGGAUUUAUGUUAAAAAAAUGUACAAACUUGCGUCAUUUUCAUUAGUUGUUAUCAUUUCUAUUGCACUGAUUUUUGGACAAGUUAUACAGGAAUUGCCUCAUUGCAAAGAUAAAAACACUGCAGGAACGAUACUGGUCAGUACUUUAGAUGGAAAAGUAACUGCGUUAAAUUUAACAGGUGAAUUACUAUGGGAGGUUGCAACUGGACCAGGGCCGUUGUUAGUCUCAAAUAUACAUAAUUUAGAGCUAACAAACAAUGGAGAAUACAUUAAAAUUAUACCGUCACUAUCAGGGACAUUAUACAAAUUUGAUCUUAAUACAAUCGAUCCCAUACCAAUAACAGCUGAAAGCCUAUUAAAGUCGUCUUUUCGGUACUCUGAUGAUCUCGUUAUUGCCGGAGGCUACGAGGUUAGAACUUAUGGAGUUGGUUUUGAAACAGGGAAAAUUUUGUACGAGUGCAGUCAGCUUAAGUGCGAGAAAGAUCAACACACUAAUUACGAGGAUGUUAUUAUGGUGGAGAGAAAUACACAAGUUAUAAGGGCAGUGGAACCAAAAACUGGUCAUGAAAGGUGGAAUUUCAGCGUAGGACUAAAUAACGUCCACAUAACAGCCCUUUCGUGUGUCGAUAAAACAAAACCGGUAGAUCUUAACAUCACGGCCAUUUUGCCGGAGGGCAUUCUUAAGGCGGCCGGUAAAAAUUUCAAUUGGCAAUACAAAUUCGAUACUCCCAUCGUAAGCGUUUGGAAGUGGGAUGGACAAAAGUUCACUGAUGUAAACUUGUUCGCCCCUAAAAACGUUCCUAGCGCGCUGUCGCCCAAUUUUGCGCCCGCCAUAUACAUAGGGAUGCACAAAAAGCAGCUGUACAUCCACGAGUCGGUUGUGAUGCAGAAUAUCCUGCAAGGCAAGGGGAGCAACGAUGUGGUGGUGGUCGAGUCUAAAAGUAUAGCGAAAAUCCCUUGGAAGCCCGUACCGGCAGUUGAUGAGGAUACAGAGGAGGGCGUUACAGGGCUGUCCGUGUUACACAGCUCCGCAUACGUAGACGGCAAGGGAUUUUUCUUGUACACCGAAUCGGAUUUAAAAAAGAAAAACAGCGCGUAUUGCGAGAAAAACCAUUCGGUGCCGGCCGCUCCGGAUUUAACGUCGCAAGAAGAGGAUAUAGUCGAGUACGCUUUAACUUGGUGGAAGGAGUUCAUUUUAAUAGCGGUAACAACUGUGAUUGUCAACGUAACUUUGAAGUAUUGGACGCGCGCGCCCAAAAAGGAAGUCAUUUAUGUCGAACGGCAAAUUGAGGUUCCUACAGUCGAACGAAGGACUUCGGAGCGCGAGUCCGAUUUGGAAGUUUUUCAGUCGCGCUAUUUGCAGGAUUUCGAUACGGUUCGUUGUUUGGGUAAGGGGGGUUUCGGGGUUGUUUUCGAAGUCAAAUCCAAAAUCGACGAGUGUUCUUACGCCAUCAAAAGGAUCACUCUGCCGUACGAAACCAAGUCCAAGGAUCGCGUAAUGAGGGAGGUUAAGGCUUUGGCCAAGCUGGAGCAUCAAAAUAUCGUGCGAUAUUUUUAUUCGUGGCUCGAAAGGCCACCAAUUGGCUGGAGGGAGGAUCACGAUAAAAACUACGUUGCCGACACCACCAAUACAGGCGGUUAUUCGGCGUACAAAACCAAAACAAGGACCGAACCGUCGCAUCUGCGUAAAAAGUCCGCAUCCAUCAGUAUUGAUAUACCAGGGUAUAAAAAAGACGAAUCUCUUAGUUUUAUUGAUGAAACAAACGAUGACGAUUCGUUUAUUGUCUUCGGCAGCGCUUCCAAUGAAGGGCAAGUCGAGUCUUCUGCUAGCUCGACGAAAAAUAGUUCGGAAACUAUUUGUUCCGACUCCACCAAAUCCACCGGGGUCAAUAUGAGCGAUCAUGUGAGCAAAAAAAUUAACUGGCGCAAGCCCAGUAGAAAACAUCACUCGUGGGAUAAUGCCGACUGCAUUAUCCAACAACCCACGUUUUUGUACAUAUUAAUGGCUCUGUGUAAACAAGAAAGCCUUAAAGAGUGGCUGAUUAACAACCAAGAAAGAAAUUAUGAGUUUUCUUUGAACAUCUUUAUACAAAUACUUAACGCUGUUGAGUACGUGCAUCUCAGAGGUUUAAUACAUAGAGAUUUAAAGCCGAGCAAUAUUUUUUUUGCUCUCGACGGCCAAAUCAAAGUCGGCGAUUUCGGUUUGGUUAAAGACGUUGAGGAUUCUCUAGAUGAGACCAAGAAGAAUAUAAGUCUUAUUUCCAAUGGUCAUACCAUUGAGGUGGGAACGCAGCUUUACAUGAGUCCCGAGCAAUUAAAAAACGGAAAUUACGACUAUAAAGUGGACAUUUAUUCGUUAGGAUUAAUAUUUUUUGAAUUACUCGUGCCAUUUUCCACUGAUAUGGAACGGUUUAAAAUUUUGUCUCAGCUUAGAAAGGGCGAAUUUCCGUCGUAUUUUAAAGAUAAAUUUCCCAAUGAGUAUAAAAUACUCAAGGAAAUGUUGUGUGAGGAUCCUCGAAAGAGACUCACUACAAUAGGAAUCCGUUCCAAGCGUCCUUUUGAAGAAAUAUCCAAGGUUCAAGAUCUAUAUAAUUUACCCAGUCUCCAAAAAAAUUAGUUUUACGGCUUCUUUUUAUUUUUUUACUGUGAUUUUCUAGUAAUAACACUUUUUUUUAAGGAUUUGCUCUUUAAAUAAACUUACGACUUACGUCUUGUGAUAUAUAAGAGUACAUUCCGAAUUCAUUUUGACUUGUAUGUUAGAAUUAAGACUUGAUAGUAUUUAAGUUGUUUUUAAAAUAAUAAUAAUUGUUUUUGAAAUAAAGCCCUCAAUAAAAA